AUGCGUCUUCACUUGCUCUUGCUGCUCGCGCUGUUCCAGGCGUACCGCAUUGCCGGGCUGCACAGCUACAGCUUGCAGGGGAGCUGGUCGAUCCGCAAUGCUAACGGCUCGCUGAAGCUGCCGGGGACUGUCCCUGGCUGUGUGCACAGCGCCUUGGUCCAGCAGGGCCUGAUACAGGAUCCUUACUAUAGAUUUAAUGACCUUAACUACAGAUGGAUCUCUUUGGAUAACUGGACCUAUAGCAAGGAAUUUCAAAUACCCUUUGAUCUUAGCAAGUGGCAAAAAGUAAAUCUGAUUUUUGACGGCAUUGAUACAGUGACAAAAAUCCUGCUUAAUUAUGUCACUAUUGGGAAAACAGACAACAUGUUCAAUAGAUAUAGCUUUGAUAUCACCAAUGUGGUCAGAGACAAGAACAUCAUUGAGAUAUAUUUCCAGUCAGCAGUGUUGUAUGCAGCACAGCAGAGCAAAGAUCAUACUGGCUACCAGGUGCCCCCAGACUGCCCUCCGAGUGUGCAGAAGGGUGAAUGCCAUGUCAACUUUAUUCGGAAGGAGCAGUGUUCCUUUAGCUGGGACUGGGGGCCUUCAUUUCCUACCCAGGGAAUCUGGAAAGAUGUUAGAAUCGAAGCCUAUAAUAUUUGUAAUCUGAACUACUUCACAUUUUCCCCUAUAUAUGAUUCCCAGGAGUGGAGUCUUGAAAUAGAGUCUUCUUUUGAUGUUGUCAGCUCAAAGUCAAUUGGUGGUCAAGCAAUUGUGGCAAUCCCUAAAUUGCAAACACAGCAGACAUAUUCCCUUGAACUUCAGCCUGGGGAAAGCACUGUUGAACUACUUGUGAAAAUUAACAAGAAUGUUUCUGUAGAAACUUGGUGGCCUCAUGGACAUGGACAUCAGACAGGGUACAAUAUGACAAUUCUUUUUAAACUUGACGGAGACUUAAAUAUUGAAAAAUCAGCUAAGGUUUAUUUUAGGACAGUGGAACUUAUAGAAGAGCCUAUAAAAGGGUCUCCUGGUUUGAGUUUCUACUUCAAAAUUAAUGGACUUCCCAUAUUUCUGAAAGGCUCAAACUGGAUCCCAGCAGAUGCAUUCCAGGAUCGAGUAACCUCUGAUUUGUUACGACUCCUUUUGCAGUCUGUUGUGGAUGCCAACAUGAAUACUCUCCGGGUUUGGGGAGGAGGAAUUUAUGAGCAGGAUGAGUUCUAUGAACUUUGUGAUCAGUUAGGAAUAAUGAUAUGGCAGGACUUUAUGUUUGCUUGUGCCCUUUAUCCAACCAGUCAGAGCUUCAUGGAUUCAGUGAGAGAAGAAGUUACUUACCAGAUCAAGAGACUAAAAUCUCAUCCCUCUAUCAUCACAUGGAGUGGCAAUAAUGAAAAUGAAGCAGCACUGAUGAUGAAUUGGUAUAAUAUUAAUUUCAUUGACUACCCAAUGUACAUCAACGAUUAUGUGAUGUUGUACGUGAAAAACAUAAGAAAGCUCGUCCUUGAAGGAGACAAGACUCGUCCUUUUAUUACAUCCAGUCCUACAAAUGGGGCCAAAUCUAUUGCAGAAGGCUGGGUCUCUGACAACCCAUAUGAUACCCAUUUUGGUGAUGUACACUAUUACAACUACAUUGGUGAUUGCUGGAAUUGGAAAAAUUUCCCUAAAGCUCGAUUUGUAUCUGAAUAUGGAUAUCAGUCCUGGCCUUCCUUGAGUACACUGGAAAAGGUCUCAUCUAAAAACGACUGGUCUUUCGGGAGCAACUUUUCAGUUCAUCGACAACAUCAUGCACAUGGUAAUGAUGAGAUGCUUUAUCAGGCUGGUCUUCAUUUCAAACUUCCCUACAGCACAGAUCCAUUACGUAUGUUCAGAGAUACCAUCUACCUUACUCAGGUGAUGCAGGCCCAGUGUGUCAAAACAGAAACUGAAUUCUACCUCCGAAGUAGAAGCGAGAUAGAGAAUGGAGAAGGCCACACAAUGGGAGCACUUUAUUGGCAACUGAAUGACAUCUGGCAGGCUCCUUCCUGGGCUUCUGUAGAGUAUGGAGGAAAGUGGAAAAUGCUUCAUUACUUUGCUCAGCAUUUCUUUGCUCCACUGUUGCCAGUAGGCUUUGAAGAUGAAAAUGUAUUUUAUGUCUAUGGUGUGUCAGAUCUUCAUUUGAACUAUAGGAUGACGCUUACGGUGAACAUACACACGUGGAGUUCCUUGAAGCCUUUGUGUUCUCAUGUGACUGAACAUUUUGUGAUAAAAUCAGGGACAGCCAGUCUCAUCUAUAAGGAGUCAGUGUCUUCAUUGCUGAGCAGAUGUAUGAAAUGUACUCGGAAAAGCUGUUUGAUUUCCUUUUACCUUUCAACUAACAGCAAGCCCUUGGGCCCAACCAACUAUCACUUCCUAUCCUCACCGAAGGAGGCUGUGGGGCUCCAGAAGGCACAUAUCACAGCCCUUAUCUCUCAGCAAGAUGACACAUUUGUUUUUGAGCUGGAGACCUCAGCUGUUGCUCUCUUUGUCUGGUUGGAUGUAGGGAGAAUUCCAGGGAGAUUUAGUGACAAUGGUUUCCUCAUGACUGAGAAGACACGAGCUAUAUUAUUUUACCCUUGGAAACCCACCAGCAAGAGUGAAUUAGAACAAUCUUUUCAUGUGACUUCCCUGGCAGAUAUUUACUGA